UUAAAGAAAUAAACCCUAGUCGCGUUUAAUUUCCUCCGCAUCCGUCGUCUUCCAUCUCCGUCGUCCUUCUGCCGCCGGUUUUGCCUCCAUCGUCGUUCUCCUCGUUUUCUGCCAACAUCAUCUCUAUUUUCGUGGCGGGGCAGGGAACUUUUAGUGGAAAAGGAAGGGUGGCGCCGACCGGUUCUCUGCUCGUGUGCAACAGCGUUGACGGCCAAAAAUGUUCUCAUAAGGAAGGAAAAUCAACAAGCGCACUCUUCCCCUGAUGGCGUGAAAUGUUUUCCAAAUAGAAGUAACGGGCGACUACGAAGCCCGAUUCAUUCCCGCCCUAAUUUCAGCUCCUUCGCGUCUGCAAUCGUUGCCUUCAAAUCGGGUUAACAAUGGCGGGAGCAGUUUCAUCAUCAACCUCACUUAAGGAGUAUCUAAAAAAGUACACAAGUAAUGAUGAUGAAAAGAAGAAAAGUAAGAAGAGGAAGAAGAAGAAAGAUACUAAAGCUAAUGCUGCUGGAGUUCUUGUACUGGACGAAGAUCCCGUUUGGCAAAAGCCUGUCAAUCUUGAUGAAGAAGAAGAAGAUUCAGCAGAUGAAGAGAAGCCACAAGUUGACGAGGAUAUUGAAGUGAAGCGUAUGAGGAGACUAGAGCUACUUAAGUUGAAGCGCCCGUAUGGUGCCAUUUCUGAGGACGGAAGCGGUUGGGUUUCUGUGUCUGAGACACGUAGCAGUUUAAAGUCUGAGGACCAAAAUUCUGACAUUUCCCCUCCUCGCAAAAGCAGGCAACGAAAUGAUACUCCAUCGCCAAGACCUGACCGGAAAUCCGAAAUUCUUGCUGAUACUGAUUUAUCUCCACCACGGAAGUCACACAAGCAUCACCAGAGUCCUCCAGGUACAGAAACAGGACCAUCUCGCUCUACAGGUGCUCGGUCUGCCCGCUUCGAUACACCAUCACCUGAGCCACAUCUGCGCGCUUCAGUAAAUGAUAGAGAGACAGAUUUGUCGCCACCCCGACGGAAACAAAGAGAAUUGACUGACCCUGAAAAAGUACUCUCACAUCCUAAGCUUAUGGAUUCUGACAUUUCUCCCCCUCGACGUUCUCGUCGUGAUCCUAGAAGUGAAAAUGAUUCUCGAGCUUCAGCAGAUUUUGAUCUUUCGCCUCCUAGGAAGACCAAGAGUGAUAGAUCUGGUUCCGUUCGAUCUGCAAGGAAGCCAGUUCACUAUUUAGAAGGCCAACAUACAUCUGAUCGUACAACUUCAGUUUCUGAUCUAUCUCCUCCAAGGAAGAGGAAGAACGAAUCGCCAAGUGUUGUGCAUAAACGAAAAACUGGAUUAGUCACUGGUGGAGACAUGAAAGAUGAAAACGAGAAGAAGAUGAAGGAAGACUUCUUGAGGUUUCAAGAACUGGAUCCUUCUAUAAGUGGUCGAGAUGCUGAACCUGUUUACCGCGACAAAUUAACUGGUAAACGCAUGUCAAAGCAAGAGUUUCUCAAAUCUCAGAAGAAAGAAGAGAAGCCCAAGGAAAUAAAGUUGGAAUGGGGCAAAGGAUUGGCUCAGAAGCGAGAAGUUGAAGCUAGGUUGAAAGAGUUAGAAGCAGAGAAGGAAAAACCAUUUGCUCGGAGCAGGGAUGACCCUGAUCUUGACUCAAUGCUGAAGGAAAGAGUCCGAUGGGGUGACCCCAUGGCACAUUUAGUCAAGAAAAAGAAUGUGGAGCCAGUUCUUCCAGACCUCGGUGAUAGUGAGAGGAUGAAAGAAUCCGGCUUCAUUAUCCCACAGGAGGUCCCAAGCCAUAGCUGGAUAAGAAGAGGAGUUGAUGCUCCCCCAAACCGUUAUGGGAUCAAACCAGGGAGACACUGGGAUGGCGUAGACCGCAGUAAUGGAUACGAGAAGGAGAUGUAUAAGAGGAUGAACGAAAAAAGUGCUACUGAGAGAGAAGCAUACUUGUGGUCCGUUUCGGAGAUGUGAUGCGCAGAGUUGAGCUGAACUGAGGCUGUCCUAAAAAAACAUCACUUAUUGACUCAAAUUCAUCGUGGGUGUCGUAUUCUGAGACAGAAAGAGUUCGCCCGGAGCUGUCUUGUCCUGUAACCAGUGACUCUGGAGACGUAACUCGGACAUACCUUAUACAUCUAUCUUAUUUAUCAUGUUUGUAACACAGCAUGGUAAUAGUAAAACAAAUUGAACUGAUCCCUCGUUCGGAUGCUACUCUCGCUCGAUAGGUUCCACAGGCGAUGGUUGUCAUUGAGGUAAUGUUUGUGCUUAGACAGGUACCUACUGCUUCUAGUUGUUAUAUAUAUUUAUAUAUAUAUAUAUAUAUAUGCUUAUAGCAAUAGCUCAGAUGAUGCUCUACCCAAUUCAAUUCAAUUAAGCUUCAUCUCAGAAUUUGUGAUGUGUUCUUUGCUUUUUCUAGUUUGAGAUGUACUAUUGAAAUGAAUAUGACCCUCUUUGAAUCCA